AUGAAGAUGAGUGUGAGCAGCUCGCUGUAUGUGGGCGAUCUGGAGGCGGACGUGACUGAAGCCAUGCUGUUCGAGCGCUUCCGGUCGCUCGGUUCGGUUCAGUCGAUCCGAGUCUGCAGAGACCGACUCACCUGCCGCUCGCUCGGAUACGCGUUCGUGGGACACUUCAAGUCUCAAAAAGAGCGCGAGGCUGAAAUGCAGGCGAGGAACAAAGAGUUCACAAACAUUUACAUCAAGAACUUUGGGACGGAUGUGGAUGACGAGAUGCUGACGGAGAUUUUCAGUCAAUUCGGCCCGACCCUGAGCGUUCGGGUCAUGACGGAUGAGAAGGGACACUCGAGAGGCUUCGGUUUCGCCAGCUUUGAGAAGCACAGCGAUGCCAAACGGGCGGUGGAGGAGCUGAACCGGACGGAGCUGAACGGCAGGCGGGUGUUCGUGGGUCGUGCUCAGAAGAGACGAGAGCGUCAGGUGGAGCUGAAGCGGCGCUUCGAGCAGAUCAGGCAGGAGCGCAUGAUGCGCUAUCAGGGAGUCAAUCUCUACGUGAAAAAUCUGGACGACGGCCUCGAUGACGAGCGUCUGCGUAAAGAAUUCGCACCGUUUGGCACCAUCACCAGCGCUAAGGUGAUGAUGGAAGGCGGCCGCAGCAAGGGCUUCGGCUUCGUCUGCUUCUCGUCUCCCGAAGAAGCCACUAAAGCCGUGACGGAGAUGAACGGUCGUAUCGUGGCCACCAAGCCGCUGUAUGUGGCUCUGGCUCAGAGGAAGGAGGAGCGUCAGGCGCAUCUCACCAGUCAGUACAUGCAGAGGAUGGCUACCGUCAGAGCCGUGCCCAACCCCGUCCUCAACCCCUACCAGCCAGCGCCACCGUCCGGAUACUUCAUGGCCGCUAUUCCACAGGCUCAGAAUCGUGCUGCUUACUAUCCCACCAGUCAGCUCGCUCAGCUCCGCCCCAGUCCUCGCUGGGCCACUCAGGGAGUCCGCCCUCAGCAUUUCCAGAGCAUGCCCAACGCCGUCAGACCUUCGGGGCCCCGUCCUCAAGCCUUCGGCGCCAUGCGUCCAGCAAACCAGGUCCCGCGGGUGAUCACGCCCCAGCGCAUGGUGUGCUCUGUGUUCCCCACAGCCAUGGGCCCUCGCCCCACCGCCGCAGGGGCCGCCACAGGGACGGCUCAGGUGAGAGGAGUGCCGCAGUACAAAUACGCACCUGGAGUCCGCAACCCACAGCAGCACAUGCCCACUCAGCCGCAGGUGCCCAUGCAGCAGCCUGCUGUCCACGUUCAGGGUCAGGAGCCUCUGACGGCGUCUAUGUUGGCUGCCGCGCCUCCACAAGAACAGAAGCAGAUGCUGGGUGAGCGUCUGUUCCCGCUCAUCCAGAACAUGCAUCCCAGUCUGGCUGGAAAGAUCACCGGAAUGCUGCUGGAGAUCGACAAUUCCGAGCUGCUGCACAUGCUGGAGUCUCCGGAGUCCCUGAGGUCAAAGGUGGAUGAAGCAGUUGCGGUGCUGCAGGCUCAUCAGGCCAAAGAAGCUGCCCAGAAAUCAGUCCCCAGCACCGCUGUGCCAGCCGUCUAACACAAGAAUGGUUCUCUUUGGCCCUGUCUUCACCGAGAGGGACACAUUUAAAAAAAAAAAAAAAGUAAAUAAAUAUCGAAAAACCAGAAACUCGAACAGGAAAAAAACUAAACACGAUGACAUCCAAAUGUUUUGCCAGGUUGAGACUAAAUCUUGACCUUGUUUCUAUUUAAAAAUGUCCAAAAAAAUAGAAAACUUUUAAUUUUGAAAAUUCCAAAACAUUCCUUUCUUUUUAUUCCUCUUAAUGAAUGCUCGUUGUCAAUUGUGCUCUUGCAGUUGAUUGCUGAACAUUUGGAAAAGUACAUUGGAUUAAACUGCUUGGAUAAAUAAAACUAAACAUUUA